AUGAGAAUUGCAAGUGUACAAAGAAGUGGAAAGACGUACCUAGAGUUAGUAAUAGCCCGUCUAUGCAGAGGCAAAGGAACUACCGCGGAAUACCCCCUCACCGAUUGUCUUCGUAAAAAUGGCAAGAGCAACUACUCCAUUACGCGUCACCAACAAAGCGCAUCAAGAAGAAACGAAAAAGAACAGGAAAUGUCAUGCGCGGAACACGAAAAAAAUAUAAAGCACGCCUCCGUAAGCACUGUGAGUCGAGGCGUAUCUGAAAAGACAAAACAGCAAACAAACCUGUAUAGGCACACGGACGCGUGCGCAGACGUGACAGAAAAACGAAUCACGGAGAGCUUAAAAAAGUAUAACUUAUUUAAUGUUUAUCUUGAUAAAAUAAAAAAAGCACCAGGAAAAAAUAAAAAAAAACAAAAAAUCAUCAACAUAAAUAGCGUCCAACAUUACGAUGAGUAUGUUCACUUGUUCGACAUAGAUUCGUUGCUAAUUUAUGCGAACAACAAAUUCAAGAUAUAUAAAAAGAAAAAGAAAUUUUUAGUAAACAAGGAUUUUUUUGCACACUUUGUAAAAAUGUUUAUACAGCUGAAUGUCAUUUUAAAUGAUUUUUUUUCACAUCACGGUGAAAUAAAUUGUGCCGAAUAUUUUACAAACGCAUUUAAGACGUACUUGCAAAAUAUUCCGUCUGGCAAACGUGUAACACAACAUAAAAACACGUAUGAUCAAAAUUUUUUUUUAGCAAUUUUGCAACUAGUUAAGAUUUUUAAUCAAAUCAAAUUUUUUAAAACAUUAAAAAGGGAAACUCCUUCACAUUUGGAACACAUUUUGGCCUCCUCCCUUAAGAAGGGAAAAGUGAAAAUUCGCAAAAAGGAGGAGCCUAAUUAUUUUCCAAAUGUAGACCAUCAUAAACUGUUCUACGAAUAUAUGACCAGCAACUAUGAUGAGGAUAAUGAUCAAGAAAAAUUCGAUUCCCAAAAUGAUAACAGCUUCGUGAACAGCUUAAACAUAUUUGGCGACAAAUUAGACGAAAUAACCGGUGUUGACGAUGCAGAGAGUUUUUUUUUUCACACAAAGAAGGGAACCAUCAGAAAAAAAUUGCCACCUACAGCGGGGGAAGAAAGUAUGGACUUCUCCCCACAUUGUAUAAAUGAAGACCUGCGCAAUUUGCCCACAUCAAGCAUUUCUCCCCUCAAUUAUCCCCAUCUGGGUGUAAAUGCUGUGCAGAGUGAGAUAAUAGAGACAAACAAGAUUAAUUCCCCCAAUGACGAAACAGUGCAUGAGGAGUUGGACAAGAAUAGGAGCUUGGACUACGUGAACUUUGCUACGGCGUUUAUCCAUUUAUUAAAAAAUUUAAUAAAACACCUACAUGAUGAUGGGGUGAUCAGAUUAUUUAUUCACUGCUCAAACAUGUUCGAUAGCAAAUGGGCUGAUAAAGAGGUGUUGUCAUUUUACACAGAAAUGUACAAACGGAUCCAUAAAAUGAAAAAUAUUUCAAACAAAAACAUAGCGUACAUUUUAAGCGCAUGCAAUAACUAUUGUUUAAAGGAGGAAAAUAUGGUCCUCUUAGAAAAACUCAAAAAAGACAUUGUGUCCAAUAGCACUUAUGGAAAGGCCGGCACAAAAAGUUACUUAAAUAUAUAUAACGUCACUCCAUCUCAUUUGGAGAAUAUUAUUUACACAUUUGCAAAACAUAGAGUUAGAGAUAAAAAAAUAUUCUCACUAUUGAGCGAAAUUGUAAAGGAAAAGUUCCACGGCUUCUCUUGCAUAACUACUAUAAAUAUUUUAAACAGCUACACCAUCUUGAAUUACGAAUCAUUAGUGUUUGAUUUUCUUUAUGCAAAAAUAAAGAGCUUUGAUUUCUUGUCCUUUAUGGUGUGUAAGGGGAAAAAUGUAAUAAAGCUGAUGAACACACUGCUCCUGAUUGAGCAUCGCAACUGCAAUUGGGUUAGUGGCUCACACAAAGUGACGCCCGUCAUAAGGACAGACGCCACUGACAAGCGCAGUGCUUCAUUAACCGAUGAGGGUGUUUACACGGCACUCAUGUCGGCGCUGCUGUACGAGCUGAAAACAUUUAAUGGGGUGGGUAUCCACGGUAGCGAUGUAAGUGGAGCAAGCGGCGGAAAUGACCGGAGCGACCACAGAGACCAAAGUAGUAAAGAUGCCCACUGCAAAUGUGCCCCUACAGGCGAGCAUGCAAUUCGCAACAUUUACAAAACACUACUGCGGCUGAAAAUAAUUGAAGUGCAAAACAAAUCCGACAUGGCGUUCCUAAAAAGUAUACUGAAGAGGACAUACGGAAAGCUAAGCGUGGACCAGUUGGAGAAUUUUUUUGUCUUUUCAUUCAUUAACUUGAAUUUGAACAAAAUUAAUUUUCAUAAGUUGGUUUUUACAUUGCUAACGUAUAAUAAUUUAUUCGAGGGGGAGAGACUCUUAAACAAUUAUACACAAACAAAAACAAAGUUUAUCUAA